AUGGGUUCCUCCGGCCGGCAGCGGGAUGGGCCUCAAAGCCCUAACUUCCAGGCGGACAACAAAGGUGGCAAUCGUUCGGGUUCCGCCUUUUACGACGUGUACGGGCCGGAGGUAGCUCUCCUAUCUCUCUCUCUUGCGUCCCCUAACCUCCAACCUCGACAGAUUAACAUAUCUCCUAUGCUUCUGCUCGGUGUGUGCGUUAGUUUUUGGGUGGUAUCUUCUGUGCCGUGUGGCGGUACUAAUGGCCUACAAGGGACUGGCCGAAGAGGCACUAACCCAUGUUCUUAGAAGUGACGUAUUGACCGAAAAUUUAUACUUCCGUAUAUGAUUACCCGGUCAGUGUUCUAAAUCAUGUCAUUCAUAGAGAACAGUGGAGACGUACCAGUGAAGGCCUCAACAUAGCCAAGGAUAAAGAGAAUUUCGAUUGCAUCAAAUGCACAUCCGCUCAGUAGUAAUUAUCUCUGUUCCGGCUCAAUAUCGUCUCGUCUGCGUAUAACUAUGUUCAAAAUUCAACUUUCUCUGUUUCAAGGAUUUGGCUUUCGAGUCAGUAGUCGACUAAUCAUCCCCUUUUCUCAACUCAGGGAAUAAGAUAUAGAGGAAAAAAUCCUGGUAGUCGGUCCCAGGCAAUAAACUUCUGCUGAUAAACAGUGUUCUGAUAUUUUCUUGGCAAUCUAUGCCAAUUGUUCUCGAUUACAAGGUGGAUAUUUUCUUGCCUCAUUCCUAUAAAUUCUAGGUGGUGAACGCCAAUUCUAAGCAUACAAACAUUGCUUCUGGGUUUGUUAAAACAUACUGUGGGUUCAUCGAUAUUUACUUUCAAUAUUACGUCUGAAAAAGCUCACAAAGGCAAAACAUAUCCAUAUGUGACGAAUGCCUCUUCGAUAUCUAACAAUAUUUUUUUUAUCAAACUAAAUCUUAUAAGGAAGUAAUUGCAUGUAAAUCUUCUUAGCACAAUUUUUUUCCGCAGCUCAUAAUACGUUGUAUGCAUUAUAUUGCACUCCAGGAACUCUUGACCAAAUAACAUCCUUCUUGGUAUCCUGUACAUUGUGCCUUACUGAUCCUGGAUCCUCUGUGGGUCUUUUUUCUUAAUCCAUCGCUCACUGACUGAAAGCCAUUAUUGUCUGCAAAAACCCUCACAUUCUCCUCUUUUCAGCUGUGAUUUUCUAUUGUCCGCGCCUUCCCAAAAAUCCCUAAAGCCUGUUGGGAGAAGAAGUUGGCUUCUUAUUUUCUAGUGGCAGAAGCUGUAGCUACCACAACUACUGCUUAUUAAUUGUGUUUUCUUGUUACGAAAUGUUGUCGGAUGUUGACUUUUAUUUUAUCUCUAAGUUGUGUUUUCUGCUUAAAAUUUGAAAAAUGUAUGUUUUUAUUUUUUUGCUAUGUCUCUUGAAGGGAAAAGCAGCCGUUCUUUUCAAUUCUCCAGUAUCAAAUUCAACGUUAAAUAUCCAGGUAAAUUUUUUGAAACCGCCAAUACGAGGGAUCUUUUAUUUUUGUUUAUGGACCGCUGUACCAUCCACCUUCUGAGUAAAACCACGCCAAUAAUACCUUUAUUGUUCUAAGUAUCAUUAAAUAUUAUGUUCUCUGUUGUGAACAGGACAUCCAGCAGCUCGUCACAUGGGUCCUUGGAGAAGGUGUAAUGCCAACUUGGAUUUUUAUCAAAGUAUGAAGGCUUUGAUCUUAUUUUUAUUACAAUUGAUGUGCAAUCCUGAAUUUACUCAUCUUACUGAACUCUGGAGUGAAUCUGUGACACAGCGGAAGUCAGGGAGGAAAGUGUAACUUGAAUCCACAAGGGGCAAACUCCAGAACUUGUGAAUCAAUGAAGAUUGAUAGAGUUGAUCCUCGUGUUCACAAGGAUUGAAAAACAAGGCCCUUGAAUGCACAAGGGUUGAUCCUUGAAUCUACAAGGAUCAGAAAAGAAAUCGGGUCCAUUGAAUUACAAGGGUUUUCUUGAAUCUUCAAGCAGAAAGAUUGGCAAAUACUUUUUCUGUGUUGGAGAAAAACCAUCUCGAUCUAAAAUGUGUGCCUCCUUAAACAUGUAAAAAGUAGUCGUAGAUCCACUACACAAUAGGAUCUGAUAAAAUACUCUCUAGCAGUUAAACUUUUCUGGAUAAUAGCAGACAGUUACUAGGCUUAAGAAAAGAAAACGAGUUUGGGCCUUAUCGGCCGAUUAAACAAUAUUAUUGGGCUCUUCCUCCGUUUACUUAUUAGAGCCUUUUGGACUGCACUCUUCUUUUUCCUCCAAAUCUAAUCUGCAUCAGCUUGAACAUCAGCGAGCUCUACUUUUCUUUAAGGAAAAUAAGUUUUGGAGAUUUAAUGUAAAGUUUCCUUAAAGCCAAUCAUUUGCUGCUGACCAAAAAACUGUGCUUAUGGAAAAGCCCAUCGUACUCUCAUUUAGAACCUUUUGAUUCAACGCCCUUUUCUUGAAUAUUUCUUGCUACUAGACAAAAUUUUCAAACCAUGUUAUUGCCUCUCUCUCUCUAGCACUCACUCCCUCUACAGAUUAGAUAUCAAGCCAGGCUGUCUUGUAACAAAAAGGAUCAUAGCCAGAUGCCAAGAGAAACAUGUAAAUCCUUUCCUUGACAUUUUCGUAAGGAAUUGGUUUAUCUUCAUCAGUACCUUAUUAGAUCCGGAAGUCCAGAAUCUGAUAUAUUUGGACAAGAUAUCAUGUUUGAUAUUGUUUCCUUUUUUCUUUGGAAAAAUUAUUAUUCAACGUAUUCAGGGUUCUCUGUGAAGAGGGAAGUUUCAUUUUUCAUUAAAGUGCUGUUGGUAAUACAUAGAAGUGAUUAAAAAACCAUUCCCAUAUGAUUAUUGCUCCCUUUUUUUUGUAAUUGUAUGCAUAUUAAAAUACAUAUCCAUCCUAAAAGAAAAAUGCAUCUGCAGCCUUGACUAAUUAUGAUGAAAGAUAUGCAAGUUUAAGAUGAAUCAUAACUUCUUUCAAAAGCAUUUAACUCCAUUUAUUUUUCCACAAAGAUGGCAGAGUAGGCCCUCCUAUUUCUUCCUCACUUGAUUCCAUGCGGGAGUUAUGAGCAUCAUCCGCAAGUUAGACUCUGGCAAAAAUGUUUCAGAGAAUUUCUAUCAUUUUGACUGUUCGAAACAAGUAUAUUGUGGAAUUGUGAAUGCUUCGUGAAAAAUAAAAUUUGGAUCUCUUCAAAUGUAUGUUGGUGAGUACACUGGAUUCAAGAGUUUGUUGAUGCAGUAACAUGGCACAUUCCCUCUGUCCAAUGAUAUUUAUUGAUGGAAGGUUCUUUAAUCAAACUGUAGACAGCAUUUUGGAGAUAAACAAAAUAAUGUUUCAAAAUGAAUUCAACGGUUCAUGCCAUACAUCAGGAAGAUGGCCAUAUGUGCUGAUCAGUGAUCCCACGGAAUAGAGAUCAGUGACGUUCUCUACUCAACCACAUUGUCAAGUACCUAGGAUAGGAAAAUAUUGUGUUCCCUUUCCUGUCCUUAUUGGGAUGGUUGAAGAAGUUUCUGUAUUUUCUCUAUUUCAUUUCCGAAUUGUACUCUUUCUAUUUUUCUGUAGUUUAUUUUUUAACUUAAAAAAGAAAAAAACAAAAACAUAGUAAUUGUUCGAUCUGUUAGUCAUGUAGCAGGAUAUUAUGCCGCUGACAUUCCUCUGCAAUGAAUGAAUUCAUAGCCUGAAGAAUGUAUUUCCAGGAUUGGUGCAUAAUGACUCAAUCUACGUAGAAAUAAUGUACAAUUGCUUGCAUAUUGUGAUAAGUUUUCUGAAAGACGACAUAUGUUGAAAUCCUUCUGUUAGCCAUUUUCUAUGAAGAUUCUUGCAUCUCUUAGGAAGUGGCUUGAUUGUUGUAAAGAUAUAAAUAAAAUUUCCUAAGUUACCCGUAAAUUGUUCUCCAUGUCCAUUCUUUUGGACUGUUGUUUAUUUAUGAGGAAGAAAAGUUGAAGGGUGUUGCUUUUAAUUGAAGGAAUGGACAAUCCUUUCAAUGGGUCUGAACAUAUGUAUAUAUCUAUAUGAUUUAGGUAGAAUUUAUUUUUGAACUGAAUGUGGAACAUUAGUUUAUCUUUUUCUAACUUCUACUUGUUUGGCCUGCAGAACAAACCACUUAUAUCAAAAGUCAUACUACUCCAUGUCCCAGGCCUUGAUGCAGCCUUGUAUAUGUCACAGUCGAAACUCCUUUCUGGUCUCAAGAAAAUCUGUGGUAAUCCAAUGCCAGUUUUGGCUCUAAGGUCCGUUUUGUAUUUAUAUUUUUUUUAUUGAAUAAACUUCGUUUUCUGGUCAAUACCACUGGAUUAUUUUAUGAAUUGCAAUACAUCUAUGUGUGAAACCUACAUGAGACUUGAAGACUAGCUAGUGCCCACUUUUCUUGUCUUUACUCGUUUUCUUGAUAUGCGUUGUCUCAGUUGUGUGUCAGAUGGAAUGCAGACGGUAGACACGCUGCUAACCUGCAGAACAAAAAGAAAGCGUGACGCUGAUUCAGUUGUGAAACUUGAUGAAGACCCUGAGAAAGGUUAGUCAAAUGGCAUUUUCUUAACUUUAUUAGAAUUUUUUUUUUAUGAAAAAUCAAUUUCACCCAUCAGAACAACUUAGUUGAACACUUGGAAAAUGCAAUUAAUAUAUACGAAAAUAUUUCUAAUAUUCUGGUUAUUUGUUUUCUGACGAAUGCUUAAGAAUAUCGAGCAAUGCAGGGAACAUGUUUACGUGAACAGUCUGCAUUCAUUUGGGUGUUCCAGGAAAAAAAAGGUCUUUAUUUGGGUUCCCCUAAUUUACAUGAAUAUAACUCCUUGCCCUGAAUAACAUUCAAUGUUUAUCACGGUGAUCAGCAGCAUUUUGGACGUUUUUAGGAGGUGAUUGUCUGCCCAUUGGGUAUCUCCGCUCUAAUCUGUAUAUCUCUCGUUUAUUUGGUUUAACCAUGUUGUGUUUGAUUGCUGAAAUAUCGCACCAAGGAUUUGAUGGCAUGGUUUUCGGGCGCUUUUGGGUUUUAAAUUAUUGGUGUUAAGAUCAAUAUCCAAAACUUUUGUUGAAAAUUAGAGGGAUUUCUGAAAAGCAAACUGUAGUCUUCUCUAGUGUUUAAUUUCGUUUAUCAAAAUUCAUUAGUCUCAUAUUCAUGCUUUUAUUUUCAUGCGUCUAGUGUUUUUUAGAAGCCUUUUGGUUUAUUUUUAUUUGUGUAUCUGCUCUUGGUUUUAGGCUUCUACAUUCAGUGUUGGCCAUUUUUGGAGCCAAUUGAAAUUGCCUCUUGUGGCUACUCUUUACAUUUUACGCGUCAGAAAAUUGUUAAUUAUUUUACACGUGUUCCUCAUCAGAAAAUCUACCAUAGCAUAAAAAUAACUUUUUUACCGGGAAAAGUAGGCAUGAUAUAAGGGGUUUAAAAACCAUUAUCGUUGAACAUUUUCGAGUAUUGUUGUUGCCAAUUUGACAAAAAGAAAUGUGACUACUUUCAGGACGAAAUUCUCACUCAAGAAAGUUAACCUCUGUGGUGAAUCUGAAAGACGUACCUUUUCCAAUUUCCUAUUAUACUUUGACCAAGGAGGAGUUAGAAGUGAAUGGAUAUUGCUUCACGUUGCCAGGUUUGUGAAUUGAUCGAAUCCUCUGUCCUCGUCGUUCCCUUGGUUGUUAUCCAUUGCUUUUUUUUAACAGUCUAGAUGUAGGUGUUGUCUCAACUACACCUGCUCCUGCAGGACGCCCAAUCUACCAGAUUCUGGCUGUUGAUUGUGAAAUGGUGAGUAUAAAUAACUCUCUUUUUUUAAACCUUAAAAUAAUCAUUCAAUUUAAUCACAAUGGAUGAGAAACUUUAUCAUAAGAGUCAGUAAUAUCAUACAUCUUUUCUAUGUCUCAGAUUUUUUUUCAACUUGGCGCAUAGAUAUACCACCAAUUGGGUAUUACACAGAGCACAUGUCAUGAUUUCUUCAUACUUCUGUUGGUGCAUAAGCAUACGGGAUAGUUACUUUGAUGGUUUAGAUUUGUAGGUAAUUGAUGGAUGAUGGUAAAUUUCAUAUAAAUCACUCAAUCAAAAAUCACGUGUCAUCCCAUCAAAUUAUUCAUGAUUUAUUAGGGACUCCUGAAUUUCUGAAAGAAGGAUGACCAGAAGACGAUGUCCCGACUUUAUUUCCUCAGGUAUUCCAAAUACUACCAUAGGAGCAGUUGGGUGGAUAGAGGGUACAGGGGCCUUGGGUUCAAUUCUUGGGGAAGUGAGUUGCAGAUAAAAUAGAUCUUACUCAGGCCUAGAAUGAAAUUAUUUAACUAUAGUCUGCUGUAUAUCUAUUUCUUCUUGCCACUGUGGCGUUGUGUGAAAAUGAUUUGUAUUCAUUUACUGGGAAAUAACCCCAUAUGUCACUUAUUUCUGUAACCUUUACUGAUAGAUUAUGAGGAUUAUGUGGAAAUUUUCGUGGUGAUUGUUCUAAAUUAUCGAAUUGUUCGUCUGAUUUGACAUUUUCUUCUAUUAUCAGUGUGUAACAAAAGAAGGUUUUGAGCUUGCUAGGAUUACAUUGGUUGACAUCAAAGGAGAGGUAUUCCCCAUUUUUUUCUUGAUUUAUUUUGCACAAGAGGACUGAAAUUUCUCAAUAUUUAUCUGUUUUUUACUCAAAAAGCUAAUGCGGGCAUAAUCUCUUUGCUGACUGUAGAUUGUGCUAGACAAACUGGUCAGACCUUCCAAUCCAAUCCUUGACUAUAAUACUAGGUACCAUUCAUAUCUCCCACAUUUGGUUCCGUGCAUUAUUAUUACGGGUAUUUUGGCAAGUCGCUCUAAAUUUGUGAAUGAACAAGAAUCAUUUAUAUAUUGGAAUGUAUAAGGUCAAUUGUGCAUAUGCAUGGUAAAAGUCAAUAUUAAUUUUCAAGAUUUUCCUUAUGUAAAAAGUAUUGUAUCAUAAUCUUUUACAACAAUUGGACAUUUACAACAAUCCACUUUUUCUAAAAUGGAUUGUCUAUAUAUGUUGUGAGUUGCUUCAAGAAAUGCCUUUUUUCGUUUCAAGUAAUAAUGAAUAUGUUCGUAUUGUGAACCCCAGGAACAUAUUCAUUCAGAAUUAUUAAAUUUAGACACCAGCUUACAUUCCAAAACAUCUAAAGCACAUCAGAAUGAUUAAAAUAAAAGUAAAAUGUAAAUACGAAGGCAGUGGGAUGUAUUAUAUAUCCCAUCAAUGUUGUCAUUGCAGCUGAUUUGGAACAACUGGGUGAUCGCUGACUUCAAACAUUUGGUUCACCUGCCCGGGUAUGGAGGUGAACUGACAGAAUAAGAUUUUAGUGGAUUUUUCUUCACAGGAAAGGCAUGGAAAUGUCGUUAUGGGCUUCCUUACUUACUGAGGAGCGAAGUUUCAGAUCCGAGGGAGACCGAGCAAAGGGGAUUGGAUUUCCUCCCUCCCUCCCUCCCUCCCCUUAUUCUCUCUCUCUCUCUCUCUCUCUCUCUCUCUCGCUCUCUCUCUCCCUCUCCCUCACACCCCUCUUAUAAUUAAAAAAGACGCUGGAAAUCAGCUGGUCUCACUCAGAUAGGCUGGCCAGGCUAGAUUGUUGUCACCAUGGGAAGAUGGAUGAUCUAUCCGCAGCUUACUAGGAGAAUAUGAUUACGCCUAUUAAUGGAAACCCUGUUAAACAGUGUAAUAUUUUUUGAAGGUCUGUGUUGCAAUUCCUAGUUGGGAUACAUACAAGAAUCUUCCUCAUUAAUGUUAGCGUUUGUGAAACAUCAUGAACUCUUUUGGAAGAAUUGACUGCUUGAUUAUAAUUUUUUAAAUGCAGAUUCAGUGGGAUCACAAGUGAGAUGUUGGAAAGUGUGACGACGACACUCGCUGAUAUUCAGGUGUUUGAACUUUCUGUCAACCUUUUCCCAGAAUUCUAAACUCAUGCGAAUCGUCUACCUAUGACUUCAGCCAGUACCAUGCCUGCAGUUAAUGGUGGCUCUGUUACCCUCAAUAGACUCGUGGUUGGCUUACCUAAAUUUCAAGUCAAAUCGGAGAUAGAUGCAGAAUAGAGAAAACAGAGAAGACAAAAUAUCUGUGCAUGUCCUCUAUAUUUCAAAAUUCUAUUUUUUCUGCUCUCCAUCUCUUCCUAAUAGCGUAACAACUGUCUGGGGACUUUUCUGCAAGCUGUUUACAGUAGAGCAACUCAAGUCGGUAGAGAUAAGUAGUAACAAUUUGGAAACCCUUUUUUAGUUAAUUUGUUGAUUCACGGCUAUACUCUCAAAAUUAGAUUUGAUUUGGUUGUUCCUGAUCCAAUACGCUGAUCAUCAUGUGUUAGUGUAUGAAUCCUUGCUGAGAUGUCUAGCUGUCUUAGCCAUGGGAUUGAAGACAUUCUAAGCGGAUACCAUUAUUUAUUUUAUUUUAUUUAAAUCCCCACUUGUUUACAAAGCUAAUAGUGAUUGUGGACCUUUUUUCAGGAAGAGUUCCUCAGGCUUGUACAUGAAGAAACUAUCCUCGUCGGACAUUCUUUAGAGAAUGACCUUUUAGCAUUAAGGAUAUCUCACAAGUCGGUAAUUGAUACAGCUGUUCUGUAUAAAAUACGUCCAGCACAUCACAAGACCGCAUUACGAGUACUAUCGAGAAAAUAUCUUUCUCGUCAGAUUCAGGAUUCCGAAAGUGGGCAUGACAGCGUUGAAGAUGCAAGAGCUGCAAUGGACCUAGCGAUUCUGAAAAUUAAACACGGUAAGGAUUGAUCAUAAUAUCAGAGUUUGGGUCUUUUUCCCUCAUUUGAUGCAAUAUCGUUUGGACAUGAACACAGUAAAUGAUCCCGAUCUAUGUCAGAUCAAGAAAUUCCUCUUACUUGAAGUCACAUAAGAAAUGUUCCUAUGGAAGUUUGUGGAGGGUGGAGUUCUAAAGAGUUCUAAGCUAUUUUGAAUUUCGACGAAUGGAUUAUCAUCUUGAAUAGCAUUAAAAUGAGGCUAUGCUUAUGUUGCCAUAUUAAUCUAGGCUCUUUGGUAAGGAAUCCAAUAAGCCGUUCUUCCUAUUUUCGCAUGCUAAUAUAUAUGAAAUGUGAAUCACCUAUUUGUGCAUACAUACAAUUGUUGUUUAUCAGUGAACGCUAUUUACAAAUUAAUAGCUGCCUUUUGAUAGGACCCGAAUUUGGCUCAGCUCCCCACUUUACGAAGAAGAAACUAGUAACAGUUCUACAUGAGAGUGGCAGAACUUGCUCGCUUAUUGAUGACACCUCGGUGGUAAAAAGAUAUUCAGAUGUCUCCUGCAAUGCAAUUCCCAUUACGUCAGAUAAUGAGGCCCUCUCAAGAGUUUUGAAAGAGGUCUGCAAAAGAGCCUCCUUCCCUACCAGUUUUCCCCCUGUAGAUUAGCCCCUUGGAGCUCGAAUACCAAUAAGAAGUCUGGUUUUCUACUGCAGGUGAAGAAGGAAAAGGUCGACUUUAUAUGGGCGCAGUUUUCAGGGUUGAAUUCAUACUUUAAGAAGCAAGCAGAAGAUGCCGAAGCCCUCAAUUCUCGAAUUGCAGAGGUGAUUUCAUCUCUGACCUGCAAAUCCUCUUCCCAGAGCGAUGUUCUUUGCAGCAUAAGCCAAGAGUUGAAGGGGAUGCUCAUGUGCAUGGACAAGAGGAUCGAAAGAUUAUAUGAGGCCCUGGCUGUUAAUUCUAUGCUCAUUAUUUCCACCGGACAUGGGGACACAGCUAUUGUCCAAAGGUAUGGAAAAUUGAUUGCAUUCAUCGUAUUUAUUAAGCCUUUAAUGUGACUUUCAUGACCUGCCACAUACUCGUGCUCUCUCGCUGUUAAUAUGAUACUAAUCCAACAUAAUUAUAGUUUUGUUCUUGGGAAAUCCGUAGAAGGUUUUGUUGCAAGCCCACUAACUCGCACAGAGAGUUACCUAUCAUUCAGUAACAUGAAUGCCGGGAUAUGCAUGCUGGCUUCGAGUAUGAGCAUAUUUUUAUUUAAAGAUUUAACGGUGCACAUAUAUUUUUUAUACUGUUUUAAUUACAGUCUGGUUGGUUAUUAAGCCCUUUUGGGAAAAAUGACAAGAUCCUUUUCUUCUUUUGAUAAAGAACAGUAUCUCCUGAGUCAACUCCUGAGUCAACUCUGAGUACAUUGAGGAUUUUCCCGUCUAUUGUCAACCCUUUUUUAGAAAAUCUUGGUUUGUGUUUGAAAACCAAAUUAUCUACUGUGACGUCUAGUUAGUGACUCUGUGUGUGUGUGUGAGAGAGAGAGGGAGGGAGAGAGAGAGAGAGAGAGAGCGAGAGAGAGAGAGAGAGAGAGAGAGAGAGAGAGAGAGAGAGAGAGAGAGAGAGAGAGAGAGGGGAAUGGAAGGUGACUUUCAUUUGACGUGGAAAUUCUGGCAUCUAUAUGCGGCAGGUUGCGAAGAAUGCUCGCAGGCUCCAGCGAGCUCUCCAUCAGCCGUGAGAAGAUCGUACAGGCCCUGGAAGAGCUGCAAGCAAGGGCCGAGGUGGGCCUCUGUUUUGUCUGCGUCAAGCAUUAG